AUGGACCAUGAAAGAGGAAUGGGACACUCAAGAAAAAGAUACGAUGAUGAAGAGGAGGAUGAUCGAAAUGCCAUCUACAUUGGGAUCCCUGCACCCCAAGGCUACAGGAGGAAAAGAAGGCGAAGGAAAUUCUCGGCAAGCCGGGAGAGAACCAGUGAGGGGGAAUGGUACCCCAAGAGGCAAGACCGAUCCGAUACAGAUGAAGGAGGUGAUAGAGGGUUCAUGCCUGUAGACUGUGCCAGUAUUGACAUGUCCCCUGCUGCUGAACGCCUGAGGUACAUUCUUGGAGAAGAUUACGAUGGCCCAACUCCAACACUUUUUACAGAGAUGGAUACCCUGCAGCAUGAUGGGGAUGAGCUAGAAUGGAAGGAAUCUGCUAGAUGGGUAAAGUUUGAAGAGAAGGUAGAAGAAGGAGGCGAGAGGUGGAGUAAGCCUCAUGUGUCUACAUUAUCUCUACACAGUCUGUUUGAGCUGCGGACAUGUCUCCAGACAGAGACAGUACUGUUAGAUUUGGAUGGAUAUUCAUUGCCACAGAUCAUAGAUGACAUCAUUGACAAGCAAAUUGAAGAUGGACUUAUUAAAGCAGAGGUUCGAGACCAGAUAUCAUACAUCCUCCUGAGAAAGCAUCGCCACCAAACCAAGAAACCCAUCCACCGCUCCCUGGUCGACAUCGGGAAAUCAUCAACAGCAUCAUCAGCUCGCAGUCCCAACCGAGUCCCUGGCACUGGGACAAACUUUUACCGAUCCACUGAAGACUUGGGAAUGAGGCAGGCUCCCAGUUAUGGACGGCUACGUCGCGCUCAAAGUAGAAGCAUGAAUGACAUUGCAGAUACUCCCAGCACAGACCAGCUUAAGAACAAAUUCAAGAAGAAAAUACCUCGUGACUCAGAAGCCUCAAAUAUCCUUGUAGGAGAAGUCGACUUUUUGGAUAAGCCAUUUGUAGCCUUUGUCCGUCUCUUGCAGUCAACGAUGUUGGGUGGACUGACUGAAGUGGCAGUUCCAACAAGGUUUAUUUUUAUUCUUUUGGGUCCUCAAGGGAAAGGUAAAUCUUACAGCGAGAUUGGAAGAGCCAUGGCAACACUGAUGGUAGAUGAUCUGUUCAGUGAUGUGGCUUACAAAGCGAGAGACAGAGAUGACUUGAUUGCCGGCAUUGAUGAAUUCCUUGAUGAAGUCAUUGUCCUGCCUCCUGGUGAAUGGGAUCCCAAGAUCAGGAUAGAGCCACCCAAGAAAGUAACAUCAGCUGAGAAAAGGAAGUCUGUUUACUCUCUGAAUGAGGCAGGACAAAUGAAUGGUUCAGCAGGAGGUGGAGGAGGAAGUGACGAUGAAGAAAUGCCAGCACCACAUGAACUAGGGGAAGAGCUGAUGUGGACAGGAAGGUUUUGUGGAGGGCUGAUGCUGGAUAUCAAAAGGAAGCUCCCCUGGAUGCCCAGUGAUUUCUACGAAGCAUUCCACAUACAGUCUGUCUCCACCAUCAUCUUCAUCUACCUGGGCUGCAUCACCAAUGCCAUCACCUUUGGAGGAUUGUUGGGGGAUGCGACAGACAACUAUCAGGGUGUGAUUGAAAGUUUUCUAGGCACAGCAUUCACGGGAACUGUGUUCUGUUUAUUUGGUGGACAGCCUCUCACCAUCCUGAGUAGUACAGGCCCAAUCCUCAUCUUUGAAAAGCUCCUGUUUGACUUCAGCAAGGGUAAUGAUUUGGACUAUCUUGAAUUCCGCCUCUGGAUUGGUCUCCAUUCUGCCCUUCAGUGCCUUCUUCUUGUUGUCACGGACGCGAGUUUCAUCAUUAAGUACAUCACCCGUUUUACAGAGGAAGGCUUCUCCAUGCUGAUCAGCCUCAUCUUCAUCUAUGAUGCCAUCAAAAAAAUGAUCGGGGCCUUCAAAUACUAUCCCAUCAACUCUGGCUACAAGCCAGACUACGUGACCAUGUACAAGUGUGAGUGUGUGGCUCCAGAUUCAGUGAAUGCAACUUUCUUCAAUGCUUCAGAUUCACUGGCUCUGAACAACACUAACAUUUCUUUGUACAACGUUUUCAAUACAACAGCACUGGACUGGAGUCAACUCAGCAAGAAGGAAUGCUUCACAUAUGGUGGGAGCCUGGUUGGAAAGUCCUGCAAGUAUGUUCCAGACCUAGCCCUAAUGUCUUUCAUCCUCUUUUUUGGCACCUACUCUUUGACUGUAACCCUCAAGAAAUUCAAGUUUAGUCGCUAUUUUCCCACCAAGAUCCGAAGCCUGAUAACUGACUUUUCCACGUUCAUCUCAAUUCUUGUUUUCUGUGGAAUCGAUGCUGCUGUUGGAUUGGAUACACCCAAACUGCAUGUUCCCAGUGAAAUCAAGCCGACCCGUUCAGAUCGAGGCUGGUUUAUUAUUCCCUUUGGUAAGAACCCAUGGUGGAUCUACCUUGCCAGUGCUUUACCUGCUCUACUCGUCACCAUUCUGAUCUUCAUGGACCAACAAAUCACUGGGGUCAUUGUGAACAGGAAGGAGCACAAACUGAGGAAAGGAGCUGGUUAUCACUUGGAUCUGUUUUGGGUUGGUCUUCUUCUGGCAAUUUGUUCUUUUACGGGCCUUCCAUGGUACGUAGCAGCAACUGUUAUUUCCAUUGCUCACAUUGAUGGUUUAAAAAUGGAAACGGAAACCAGCGCACCAGGAGAGCAACCACAGUUUCUUGGGGUGAGGGAGCAAAGGCUCACUGGUGUUGUUGUGUUCGUUCUGACAGGAGUCUCUGUGUUUUUGGCUCCAAUUCUGAAGUACAUUCCGAUGGCAGUGCUAUAUGGAGUAUUCCUUUAUAUGGGUGUGGCCUCUUUAAAUGGUAUUCAGUUUUGGGAUCGGUGCAAACUAUUCCUGAUGCCCUCCAAACACCAACCAGAUUACACUUAUCUUCGCCAUGUGCCCUUGCGCCGGGUCCAUUUAUUCACCAUGGUGCAAGUCAUCUGUUUGGCUGUUCUCUGGGUUUUGAAGUCAACUGUAGCAGCGAUCAUUUUUCCUGUCAUGAUCCUUGCUCUCAUUCUUGUGCGGAAGCUCUUGGACUUCGUUUUCUCCCAGCAUGACCUCGCUUGGUUAGAUGAUAUCUUACCUGAAAAAGACAAAAAGGAAGAAGAUAAGAAGAAAAGAAAAUUGAAGACCAAAGACCAAGACAGGGACAGCAUAGAUGAGGAGAAAGGUCCUCUAGCUGGAGCUAUGCAAGCUGAAAAGUCAUCAUACAACUCCGAUUCACUCGACCGCAGUAUAACUUUACACCUCAAGAUUUCCUGCCCAUCUUCCCCUGCUUUCAACUACUCCCGGAAUGCCAUAUGCUCUGUCCCACAGGUCAAGAUAGAAAUGGAGUCAGAUUAUGAUGACACAGACACUGAAAAGGCUCGGAGAGACACAGGCGGUGAGACUACUUUGUAGCCUGGUCUGCUGGGUCCUGUCAGACACACUUUGUUAGCACAUGGACCUCGUGAACUGUUGAUGGGCUGACAGAUCAGGGCCACAAUUUGUGCAUGUUAACUCUCUGAGAACUGCACUUUGUCCAGACACAAUACCAGACCUGAGUGUCUACCGCAAGUGAAGAUUUAUAUGCAUCUAUGUUGUCUUUUGCUUGCAUGUGUUGUGUAAAAUAUGUUUUUAAAGGAUAUUGACAUUAUUAUUAAAGCUUAGGAAACAACAGAUAGUGCCAGUCAGACAAGACUGCAGUUUAUACCAACAAAUUCCAGGAAUUAGGAAAUUGCUUUGACGCAAUUGUAAUUUUUAAAGGCAGUUCUCUUUUGAGAUUUAACUUUGAUGUUGUGAAGAGAUUGACCCAGCGUUCAUGUAAAUGCAUCCUUUGCCACCUUCCUGCCUGUAAGCUUUUCUCCUUAAGAUCAAUGCUGUUGAGAGCAAGUUUUGCUCCAUUCAUUUUAACAGGAUUGCAAUUCUGAUGAGAACAAUUUACUGCUUUUACAAAUUGUUUUUAAUUAUAUUGCACAGGGCGUUAAAUGGAGGGAACUCAAAGUGUAGGUCAAUUAGCUCUUAACCAUCUAGUAGCUUUUCAAAAGUUCCUGGACUGUAGAUUUUCCAUUUGAUGUUGGUGGAGCUUAUUCCUAUUUAAGUGGUACAAAAGCGGGAAUACCUGAUCAAACUUAAUGAUUUCUCAUGGCAGAUUAAGAUUGCUCUACAAAUGUCAACUAUGUAUUUCUUUACUUUCCUUAAUUUAUUUUGUAAUUGCUGUAUUUGAAAUUAUCUGUACAAAAUAACUAUGCAUGACAAAUUAA